AUGACUGCCGAAUCUUCCAUCCCCCCUGCCCCAACCCUCCCGGUGCCCCUGACCGAGCUGGUCAAGCACCUCGACUCCCACCGCGAAACCCCCGUCACAGAACUUAUGGUCCCUUUCCGGCAGCACGAAGCCCAUCUUCGCGCUCUCUUUGCCCAGGACCCCUCCAACCCCAAGCUGCAGGACCCCUACGUCAAUGUGCUCCCCAUCUUCACAGAUGACACUCCCCGCAUCCGGAUCCGGGCUCGCAAUCUGAGCCAGGAAACGAAGGAGGAGAAGGAGAAGUACAUCAUGCCUCUGCCAGCCAAACUGCGGAAGAAGGAUGGCAGUCCCGCGGUUGUCGGGAGUCUGAAGGAGUUCCAGAAGAAUUUUGAUAUCUUUUCGGAGCAAAGUCUUGCUGACAUGGACUGGAGCAAUGUUGUUGCGGCGGGGUCGUCGGUCAAAUUCUGCCCGGCCUCGGACGUUGACUUGUUUCUCUAUGGAUUGACGGAGGAGCAGGCCAUCGAAAAGAUUAGGGAUAUCGAGAGAAGGGUGAGUGAUGCUCUACUGCAGGAUACGACAGUUGUCAGGACGAAGCAUGCUAUCACUAUUUGCAGCCAAUAUCCUGUCCGGCACAUCCAGAUCGUCCUGCGCCUCUAUAAAUCAGUGUCGGAAAUCCUCACCGGCUUCGACGUGGACUGUUCCGCGGCCGCCUACGACGGCUCGCAAGUCUGGGUUACCCCCCGCGCGCUGCAAUCCUACAUCACCCAGAUCAACCACAUCGACCUCUCCCGUCGCAGCCCCUCGUACGAAAACCGCCUCUCCAAGUACGCCCACCGCGGCUUCGAAAUCUACUGGCAGCACCUUGACCGCUCGCGCAUUGAUCCCUCCAUCUUCGAGCGUAGCUUCCAGCGCACGCUAGGAUUGGCGAAGCUGCUAGUUCUCGAAAAACUGCCAACAUCGCAGGCCAGAGAUGAGUAUCGCGUUCGGAGGCGUGAAGAGAGGGGUCGGCCGAGAGUCGAUCCGUGGAGGUACAACUACAGCGGGGGGUUAUCUGGUAAUAUCAAGGACCAACAUGAGGACGAGGUGGCCGAUUGGUGGAUGGAAGAAGGCGAGGAGCUGAGUAAUUACCAUACCUUCACCAUCCCGUACGGGCCGAGGAUUACGGUGAAGAAGAUUGAGCGGUUGUUGUUUAAUCGGGAUUUGCUCCUCAAUGCCGAGUGGAAUCAACCCGACGACCGCAAGGUCUAUCUCCAUCGUCACCCUCACUUUUUUGGCGAUUUCGACGACAUCAUCAACGACUGCUGUGGCAGCUGCCCAGUCCCCAAAACCGAAGAAGAAAAGCGAAUCGCCGAGGAAGAGUCCAAGACGUACAUCUCGGGCCGCAUUACCUUCCUCAAAGACGAUCCAGGCCGCCAGACCAUCGGCUCCUUCCACCCGCUGACCGACGACGACUGGACGGAGAUGGCCUACGUCGGGAACACCCAACGCUUGUGCCAGGGCAUUGUCGACAGGAAUGUUGAUGCGGUACGUGAGUGGCUCGCCCAGGAGGGCGCCGAUGUGAACCAGAGGGACUUCACGGGCCGGACACCGCUCCAUCUCGCCGUGAUGUGCUCUACGCCGGAGGUAGUUAAGAUGCUUGUGGAAGCGGGGGCCAGGCUAGUUGCCCGACUGGCGGAUGGCAGGACAGCGCUGCAUUUGGCCGCGCAGAUGGGCGACGUAGAGAUUGUCAAGAUCUUGUUGGAUCAGAGCGCAAAGAAUGAAGCCGAGUGGGAGGAGAAUCAGGAGAAGGCGGAGAAGGCAAGGAACGGGGACGGAGAGAGGGAGGAUGAUGAGAAAGAGGAGGAGGAUGAAGAUGAGUCUGAUGGCUCAGAUGGAGAAGACGAGGAUAUGUCCGUUCUGUCCUCUAACGACGCCGACGAGGAUGACAUGGCGCACAGCACGACGACCGGCUCUUUCGUCAAGCUGCGCAACAGGAAGAAAAUAAAAGACGAGAAGCCUUCCGACGGCGACAUCACCGCUCUCGACGAGGCCACCGGAGAUGAGCCCGACUUCUAUGACAUCAAUGUCACAGCGUGGGACAUCCCCUGCUCUGCCCUGCACCUGGCCAUCGUCGAAGGCCACUUCGACGUUGUCAAACUUCUGGUCCAGGAAUACGGUGCAGACGUGCUGAUCCCCGUCAAGCGCUUCAUUUCGGGGUCCAAGAAGCCCUCCAGCGUGCUGCUGACUCUUGUCCUCGCGCUGGCCCUGCCGUCUGACAAGGCCGCCGAAAUGACGCGCACGCUGCUCAGUCUGGGCGCCACAUCCGCGCAGGCGGACCUAAGCGGGAUGACGGCACUGCACCGAUUUGUGGAUGAGGACGCUCGGGCUGCGCUGGACGCCCUGUUGAAGGCGGAUCCGGCGGGCGCAAAGAUGGCGAUCAACCAUAUGGCAAAGGUUGAUCACUCCCGGUUGCGCACGCCGCUGUGUAUGGCGAUUAUGCUCGGGUGCAGGGAGACGGCAAAGAUGCUGCUUGAGCAUGGUGCGCAGGCGCAGGUUCCUUAUGAGGCUUGGCUCAAGGCGAUGAAGCAGCUUAAGGGCGAGAAGGAGCUUAGCGGCAAGUCAUUUGCGGAGAACGAGAAGCGAUUCCAGAGGUCCUUUCAGCAACCUCUCAUCCUGGCACUGAACUCGGCCAUCCCCGAUCUCGCCAUCGACUUGCUGGAGCGCGGCGCCGACCCGAACGCGUUAACGACCAACACUUGGGAGCGUCUGCACUACCGGUCGUCGUGGGAGACGGAGAUCCACGGCACCAGCGCGCUGGACAUCGUCGUUCGCAACAUGUGGGAGCUGCCCGCCGACAUCGACGCCUACUGCAACCAGUUCCCUAAAGACAGCUACGAGUACUACAUUGCGACCCGCCAGGCUAAGAAGGAGAGGGAGCAGUAUGAGGAAAAGAAAAGGGCAUGGGAGGAGAAGCGGAAAACGCUGUUGCUGGGAGUGGCACAGAAGAAGGAGGCACUGAUGGAAGAGUUUGAGAAGCUGAAGAAGAAGAUCCGGCAUGCGCUGCUCGCUAAGGGCGCGAAGUCGUUCUACGAGCUGCAUCCCGAUGUCCGCCGUCCGGGUUACGACGCCGAGACGGCCUUGAGCCUGCUGGAUCCCGAGGGUUUCAGCCAGAUGCCGGAAAAGGAUAAGGACGAGGACGAGGUCAAGACGUGGAAGACGGUGGCGUGGCCGUUCGACGUGUCUUUUGAUUUCCGCGGGUGUGGCGACAUCACGCAGGAGAGGCGGAAGGCUUAUCUCGAGCUAUUCAACGCCGCCUUCCAAGGAGACAUUGACACGCUGCGCAAGCUGACGCUCACGGGCGGCUGGGACGACGACAAGAAGGAGCCGGCCCUCGUCGUCACGGCCAGCGACGUGUUCGACAACAACCUGUUCACGCUGGCCUUCCGGCAGGGCCACUACGACGUGGCGCGCGAGAUCCUGGCCAUCGUCAAGGCGCAGUACGUGCCCAAGAAGAAGGUCAAGAAGCAGUACCGCCUGGCUGCUAGCGGGGACUACUACUCGGAGUGCGGCUCUGAUGACUCUAGCUCUGAUGCCGGCCUGAGGAUUAUCGGCGAGGAGGUGGACGAUGGUACCCAUGGAACCAUUGCCAAUGUGGGCGAGGUCUCGAUGCAAGCUACGACGGAUGUCUCGCCUCUGGAAUACUUGGAAGAGAAGAUGCAGAAGUUGAUUCAGCGCGUGAUCACGAAGAACGACCUCCGCGGUCUCCGAUUCCUGCUGGAUGUGCACGAGGAGCUGGUCGCACAACGUGACAACGAGGAUGACCAGGACCAUGACGAGAUUGAGCGGCAAUUUGGGUACGUCUUGCCUGCGGCAACUUUUGAAGAGCUGCUCCGCGGGAGUCACAUCGAGCUGCUGUCCGAAUUGAUCCGCCGCACCGGUGCCGGCCUGCCGCUGGCCGAGAUGGUCUCCAAGACGGGCGUCGAGAUAAAGGUCCAGCCGAAGUACUACCAGGGGCUGACGGUCAGGGGGAAAAAGAAACCAGCCGGCACCCAGGCCAUUCAACAUUGCCACCAAAGCACCAAGAUGCCUGCCCCUCCUCUCUUGCUCGCUGCUCGGGGAGGCUGCAUCGACUCGGUCGAGUGGUUCCUCGGUCCUACACCGCAGCGUCUGUAUCUCGAGUUCGCCACUUCCCCGCAGGCGCAAAAGGAUCCGCGCAUCAAGCAUCUCGCGCAGGCAGCCGGCGGCGUCGAGGGCCACAUAAUGAGAUGACGAGCUCCUCCUCCACGCUGCCAUCUUAAACUCCAGCAACAACCGUUCCACAAAACUCAUCUCCUCCUGCUCAAAUCCCACCCCCAUCUGCUCGAGGUCCGCGCGGCGAAUGGCAUGACACCGCUCCUCCUCGCCGUGUACCUCCACUGGGAGGAUGCGGUCAAACUCCUCCUUUCCGCUGGCGCCGACCCCCGAGCACGCGACUGCGAAGACAGCAACCUUCUGCAUUUGGCCCUGGACAACAUAAUCUUCCCCGAUCAACUGCGCGCCCUCCUGGACCUCAUCCCUAAGGAUGUCCUCGCCCCGAUGCUCAAAGAACGCGACUACCUCGGCCGGGGCGGACAGACCCCGCUGCACUGCUACCUCAACCGCCACCGCCACACACACGGCAGGACCCUACACCACGACGUCCUCCCCAUCGUGCACGCCCUGCUGCACGGCAUCAACCACGACGUCGUGAAGCAAUCACUGCGGAUGCUCGACGGCGCCGGCGAAACUCCUCUGCACACCCUGCUUCGCGAGCACUCGGAGCCGGCGCUGGUCCGACUCCUGCUCGAGCUGGAUCCCGGCCUGCUCUACAUCGAGAAUGCUGUCGGGCUGACGCCGCUGGAGAUGUUACACAACGCGUGGACGAACCAUCAGGUGGUGGAAACGAGGCUUGCUUCCAAUACCAGGUGUGAGAGGGGGGAUAAGUACGAUCUGUACGGCGAGCAGAACAACACGCUUUCGGCGCUGUUCUACCUGGAUCCGGGGAAGUUUGUCAAGCCCCACGAAGAAAAGGAAGAGCAGGCGUGCUGGGCCAACGACUCGCACAACAGCGAGGAGAACAGGAAGCGUGUCCUCGUCAACCUUUACCAAGCCAAUCUGGUUAUGAAAAGGCUCGAGUCCCGGUACAUGGCCAAACGAUACCCGUUCGCAAGCGUUUUCGAUGACUAUUCGUCUGACUCGUACAUCUCUGGUGACGAUGACCAGCCCCAGCAUCAGGAGACGCCUGGUCGGAAAUACGUAUCGGACUUCGUUACGCAAUCAUACUUGUACAGUUUGUUGGGCCCGUCGUGGAGACAUGUGCUGCACGAUGAUGGCAAGGUUCCUUCUGAGGAGGAGGAGAAGCAGCUAGAGGAGCAUGUGUCGUCGGUGUGUAAGAAGUGCGGGUGGAGGCAUUGGCCAGACAUAAGGGAUUUAGAGGAGGGUGAGACCAAGCAGGAGGAGGAUGUGGAGAUGACGGGGGUUUAA